AUGCGGGUGUGCUCGCGGGACAGCGAGCGUCAAGUGAACGAGGACGGGCUGGAAGUGACGUUUGCGGUGAAUCACCUGGCGCCGUUUCUGCUCACCAAUCUGCUGCUCGAUCGCCUCAAGGCCUGCGCCCCGGCGCGCAUCGUCACGGUCGCAUCCAGCGCGCACCGGCGAACCCCGCUCGACUUCGACAAUCUGCAGCACGAGCGCGACUAUUCUCCCUGGGGUGCCUACUGCCGGUCGAAACUGGCGAAUGUGUACUUCACCUAUGAGCUGGCGCGCCGCCUCGAGGGAACCGGAGUGACGGCCAAUUGUCUGCACCCGGGGUUGGUCUCCACCCAUUUGUUCCGCGACCUGACCGGGUGGCUGCGCGCGGCGCUCUGGCUUGCUGGCCCGAUGCUGUUGAAUCCGGACCGAGGCGCCGAUACCACGGUCUAUCUCGCCGGCGCGCCCGAGGCGGCGGACGUGACGGGGCAGUAUUUCGAGAAGCGGAAACCGGUUCGGUCGUCGCCCGUCUCCUACGAGACGGACGCGGCGCGCCGGCUCUGGGAGGUCAGCGCAGCGUUGACGGUUUCAGGCGAACCUAGCCCAAGUUUACCGGUCAAAAACAUAAACUAUUGCAAGUAA